AUGGAUGAAUGUUAUCUAAUGGGAUUGUGGUGUGGGUUGAUUAUGUUUAAAUUUCUGGAGGAAUAUUACCAGUUUUGGUCAACGGGGCCAACCCCCGUUCAAACAUCAACACAUGUGGUACUUCCAGCGAACGACGACAACGUCGAAACAAGGGAAUUCGAAGCUGGCGACUACAAAUGGAGACUCGUAAUCUAUCCUGGUGGUAAAGAAAAAGGAGACUAUAUUUCUGUAUAUCUGUCUGUAGUUGACACCAAUUCAUUACCUCUAGAUUGGGAGUUUAAUGCCACUUGCACCGUCUUUUUGUAUGAUCAUAUCUUGGAUAAAUAUCUUUGCUUUCGAGUAAAUGAACGCAACUUUAACAAAACCACGACUGAAUGGGGGUUUCCCAAAUUUAUCCCUAAAAAAGUGUUGAUUGAUCAAUCGAGUAGAUACAUUGCCGAUGACAGCAUUGUACUUGGAGCUGAAAUUCUUGUCAUCAAAAGACACCGAGUCAUUGAGACUGUGACUCUCCUCAAAACAACAGAAGUUCCACAAAAAUAUGAGUGGAAGAUUCAAGAAUUUUCUAAAUUAGAAGAAGAUCGUGUUCGGAUUUCUGAAGAAUUUACCAUCAGAGAUGUCAAUUGGAGAAUGAAGCUAUAUCUCAAUGGAGAUUCCAGUGAAUUGUCCAUGGAUGUGGUGUGUGCGAGUGCCGAUACCUUUGAUGCUCAUCAAAAAGUGAAAGCGGAGUUUUAUUUGCGUCUAAAAGGCAGGCUUGGUGUUGUUCGAAGCUCUGGAAAACUUUCUCAUUGGUUUACAUCUCUGGAUAAAUGUUGUGGACAGAAGGCAUUCAUAAGUUUUUCUACCAUGCGUGAUCCCGAAAAUGGUUUGCUUGUUGAUGAUUGUUGUACUCUACAAGUAGAAAUUCUCGUGCAACUUGUUGUGUAGAGUAAUCUGUUUCGGAGUUAAGUCUCUCUUUUAUAUUGCAUUUCUCAAAAAUUCUUGCUUGAAUAAUUUAUGUGUUUUUACAUGCAAUAUUAUGUGUUAUAUUGGAAGAUCCUAGGCGAAACUCAAAAAGUGGCCCUAUUAGUUAUUACAGCUAUGGACAAGUUUAUUUCUUGUGGUUGAUUAUAUUCUUUAAUUAUCUAAUAUUAUUUCUACAUUUGCUGUGGUAAUUCCACAAGAUUUAGGAAUGCUAAAAUUAAAGAUAAAGAAAAUUGUGUUCAAAUUACAGUUAUAUUGUAUGUUGUAAUAUUACACCAUCUUUUCCCAAUGCCGAGUGUUUGUUUUGUUAGAAAACCGUAAGCAUUAACAUUUUUUUUUUUAUAAAUUUAAAGUUAUUUUAACAUACUUCAUAAGUGUAGAUAUAAUUUACCCUAUUAAAAAAAAUGCUAGAGGGUAUUUUCACUAAUUGUCCGAUAAACAUAUCAUAAUUUGUAGUGUUUAAGGAAUAAAAUCUUCAUUUUCCUUUUUAAUCUCUACCUAAGUUUGCGACUAAUUUUAUUGAUCACAAUCAUUUAGUUGCAAGCUUCAACAUUUUUUACAAGGUU